CUCUUGCAUGUUUUUGGCGCCACCUCCUGGACUAUUGUAUAAUUGAUACAUUUGGAUAUUUAUCCGUUUGAAUGUGACACCUUGUAAUGCAAAAUUUAAACGAAAAAACGAUUCGAACAGCCACAUAUUAACACACUCGGAUGAGUGCAACGCCAAAUCUAAAUUAAAGCCCAACUUAAAAAAAUAUAUAUAUUUAAUGAUGUAUUCCUCAUAUUCUUGUAUAAAUGAUACAUUUGGAUAUUCAUCCGUUUAAAUGUGACACUUGUAAUGCGAAAUUUAAACGGGAGAACGAUUUGGAAGACCACAUAUUGGAUAGAUAUUCGAGACAAGGAAUUCCCCAAAAUGUCAAUUAUCCUCAGGGGCAAUGCGAAUCCAUCGAUGCCCUGUAUAAGCUAGAGGACGAUUGGAGAGAAAUAGACGUCGAUUACAGCGAUAUAAGUGAAAAACAACAACACCAACAAACAGUAUUCUGGGAGCUAAUAAAGACUGAAGUGGCUUACAUUAAAACUCUAAAAGUAGUUAAAGAUUUGUUCCUCGGUUGCCUGAGAGAUUUGCAUUCGAAAAACCUUUUUGGAGAGAUUAGCACGAUGAAGCUCUUUUCAAACAUAAGGAAAAUUUUGGGUGCAAACGUAAUAUUUUGGAGAAACACAUUGUUUCCAUUAGUGAGGAAUAUGAGAAAACACAAGCGAUCGUCUUGCUUGGAAAACAUGCUGGAAGGCUUCUCCAAGUUAUCCGACACUUUUCAGCCGUAUUUUAAGUAUUGUGCUAAACAAUCGAGAGGUAAACAUGAUUGCCGUGAAAAUUUGGAAAGCGGAGUUUUUACAGUUCAUUUGACGUGAUGCGAAAGCCAAAAGAAAUGUAAUCGAUUACGACUAAUGGAUAUUCUUGUAAUUUAAUGAUGUAUUUCUUGUAUUCCUCUAUAAUUGACACACUCGGAUAUUUAUCCUUUUGAAUGUGACAUUUGCAAAGCAAAAUUUAAAGGAAAAAACGAUUUGAAAAGACACAUAUUAACACACUCGGAAGAGUGCAACAGCAAAUUCGAGCCUAACUUGGAAGAAAUAUAUUUUAUAUUAUAUUAUAUUAAAUUUUCGGAGUGAAAAACAAAUAUUUAAUGACAAAUUUGGAUAUUCAUCCGUUUGAAUGUCACACUUGCACUGCAAAAUUUAAACAAAAAGAUAACUAGAAUCUUCCAUCGUGUUCUAUUUGGAAAUUUGACUUGACCACAAAACUCUAGAUUCAAUAUCAAGUUCAAGAAAGAUACAGAAUAUUCUAUGGUAUAUACUGUUUUGUGUUGCUGUCCGCCCAAAUAUUAAUUAGGUAGUUGGUAAAUGGUAAAUGGCGAGCGGUUUUAUUGAUGGUGUUUGUAGGGGGUCUAUUUGCAAAUGAGAAAAACAACCGCUGUAAGGUUUUAAAAGGUUUAUAAAAUAAACAAAGCCAAAAUUGCAAGUAGGUACGGUACAUACAACAAAAUUCUGAAUUUUUUUCAAUCGUAACAGCCACUUCUAUGUCUUACUAUGAAUUCAAUUUAUUGAUUCGCUUUCAAUAUCCGACAACCUACAAGAUUUUUGUUUAAUUUAACUGAAUCAGAAUAAAAUGACACUAUUAAAUCCGUGUACUACUUUUACCAAUUUUUGGAAACAUACAUUAUUUUUUUAUUGAGCCCUGCUUCAAUAGGAUACAAUAUCUUCAACCAAAAUUCAUUUUCUCGUCAAAACAAUAGUAUAUGAUCGAUAGUACAUAUUUUGAAUAAAACUUCCAAUACCUUCAAAUGAUUAAACCAUCACUCAAAAUUAACAAACUAGACAAAACAAAAUUACUUUAUGAUCAAUGAACAUUUUAAUCGAAUCUUUUCAGCGGAAAAUUGUCAUAUGCUUUCUAUAGAUCUACAAAGAGUAGAGUUCUUGGUUAUGCGCUGGUUUCUUUCCCCUUACCUAGGUCAAACUAAAUAAGUGGUGUACAGUUGAUCUUCCUGCUCUAGAACCGGCCUGUUCUUCUGCCUCACUAUCUUUGAACUCGUUCUCUGUUUUGGCUUUUAUAAGUUUUUCAGACACUCUGCUCAGCGUAUUUGUUACUGCAAUUCCUCGGUGGUUCUCGUAUUUGUUUCUGUCUGCUUUCUUAUAUAUCAUUGUUAAGUAGCUUAUUUUCCACUCUUCCGGUACUUCAUGUUUAUCUAUGCAUGUUUGAAAUAGUUUUGUCAACUAACUUUGCAAUAAUGUUCCAUUGUCAAUUCACAUUACAUCAUAGUCAUUGCAAUAAAUGGUUAAAUGUCUCAAACUUUUCUGUUCUGUCUUUGUCGCCCAUAUUCAUAUUUCCAUAACAAUGACAAGGACAGAGCAAUCGUUCUCAUGAGGACGCUGCUCCCUGGCUUCGAGAAUAGACAUCCUGGAAGUUUGUCCUGUAUUGGACCUCUUCCUGUUCUGUUCUGUUCACUUGCCUAUUGGGUGGCAUGUUUUCAUUAGGUUGCACUUGCUCAUGAGGUUGCACUAGGUCACUAGGAGGCACUUCCUCAUUAGUUUUGCCUCUGAACCACGGAUUUUUUGCGAACAGUCGUCCACUUGUUUAAAUUUUGCAUUGCAAGUGUGAGAUUCAAACGGAUGAAUAUCCGGAUGCGCCUUUGAAUAUUUGUUUUUCACUUCGAAAAUAUAAUAUAAUAUAGUAUAAAAUAUAUUUCUUCCAAGUUAGGCUCGAAUUUGCUGUUGCACUCAUCCGAGUGUGUUAAUAUGUGUCUUUUCAAAUCGUUUUUUCCUUUAAAUUUUGCUUUGUAAAUGUCACAUUCAAAAGGAUAAAUAUCCGAGUGUGUCAAUUAUACAGGAAUACAAGAAAUACAUCAUUAAAUUACAAGAAUAUCCAUUAGUCGUAAUCGAUUACAUUUCUUUUGGCUUUCGCAUCACGUCAAAUGAACUGUAAAAACUCCGCUUUCCAAAUUUUCACGGCAAUCAUGUUUACCUCUCCAUUGUUUAGCACAAUACUUAAAAUACGGCUGAAAAGUGUCGGGUAACUUGGAGAAGCCUUCCAGCAUGUUUUCCAAGCAAGACGAUCGCUUGUGUUUUCUCAUAUCCCUCACUAAUGGAAACAAAGUGUUUCUCCAAAAUAUUACGUUUGCACCCAAAGUUUUCCUUAUGUUUGAAAAGAGCUUCUCCGUGCUAAUCUCUCCAAAAAGGUUUUUCGAAUCCAAAUCUCUCACGCAACCGAGGAACAAAUCUGUAACUACUUUUAGAGUUUUAAUGUAAGCCACUUCAGUCUUUAUUAGCUCCCAGAAUACUGUUUGUGGGUGUUGUUGUUUUUCACUCAUAUCGCUGUAAUCGACGUCUAUUUCUCUCCAAUCGUCCUCUAGCUUAUACAGGGCAUCGAUGGAUUCGCAUUGCCCCUGAGGAUAAUUGACAUUUUGGGGAAUUCCUUGUCUCGAAUAUCUAUCCAAUAUGUGGCCUUCCAAAUCGUUCUUCCGUUUAAAUUUCGCAUUACAAGUGUCACAUUCAAACGAAUGAAUAUCCAAAUGUAUCAUUUAUACAAGAAUAUAAGAAAUACAUCAUUAAAUAUAUAUAUUUUUUUAAGUUAGGAUUUAGUUUAGAUUUGGCGUUGCACUCAUCCGAGUGUGUUAAUAUGUGGCUCUUCGAAUCGUUCUUUCAUUUAAAUUUUGCAUUACAAGUGUCACAUUCAAACGGAUAAAUAUCCAAAUGUAUCAUUUAUACAAGAAUACAAGAAAUACAUCAUUAAAUAUAUUUUCAGAUUAGAUUUAUAGUUUUAGACUUUAAAGUCACACCAAAUAUUUAUUUGGCCUGUCGUUACUUAAAUCUUGCACACUAUCUUUGACUAAAGAUAUCGUGGACUUGGAAGUGAGUAAUGGCGGGUGCUAUCUGAUCCAGAAAUAAUGAUAUUAUCAAUAAUAAUGCGUUGCAACCCGCAAUAAUCGCAAAAAAUUAAGCAAAAACCCAUCAGUAUAAGAAGCAAGAAACGAUAAAAUUUCAAAUCCUUACAGCUUCCUAGAUUCACAUGAUCUUAACACGCUUCGAAACAGUUUGUAAAAAAAAAUACUUUAUAUAUUUUCUAUAAGACUACAGUAUGUACUAUCUAUACCUAAUUUAUGUAAUUUUAUAAAUAUAUCUGUCUGUUUGGCAUAAUUAUGCAGUCCAAUAUUGGUUUGGCAUUGAUUGUUGUAUUUUCAUUAUUUUUUUUUUAAAUUCACUGACUGACUUUGGGAAAACUUUAAGUUUUUAAUUAUUUUCAUUUCUUUAAUAUUUUUUUGAAGUAAUUGUUUUGUAAGAGCGUAACUGCAGGUUAUUAUAACCAGGUUAUUGAGCAAAGCCAAUUAAUCAUUAAUUGCAUUGCAAGGCAAACUUCAAGUUUUUCUUUAUCAUUUUCAUUAUUAUUAUUAUUUUUUUUUUGAAGUAAUUGUUUUUGUAAGAGCGUAACUGCAGGUUAUUAUAUAACCAGGUUAUUGAACAAGGGCAAUUUUUAUAAUUGCAUUGCAAAGCAAUCUUCAAGUUUUCUCAUUUUCAUUAUUUUUAUUUUUGAAGUAAUUGUUUUGCGAGAGCGUAGUUGAAGCUAUAUGAAUAAGCCAAUUAUUAAUUAAUUGAAUCGCAAGGCAAACGUCAACGUUUAUAUUAUUUACAGUUUCAUAAUUUUCAUUUUCAUAUUUUUUAAAGUUUUGCUCAAAUUGCAUAAAGAUUAUUAUUUUCAGUCUUACAUAGCAACUUCAUGUGGGAAUAUCACUUGCUUUGAGACUUCCUAGAUAAGACUCUAGAAAACUUAUUUUUGUGAUUCAGGUUCACUGAACACGAAACUUAACUUGCCGUACCGACGGGAAACUUGCUCAGUAGGUUAGCAACUUGUAAGCCGACCUUGGUUUCCAUCGUGCAUUGUUGCUAAAUCUAUAGAGUUUCGUUACAAUCACAGCUGUCGUUUCUCAAAGUUAUAUUCAGGUUACGUCAGUGAAUAUUUUCUUAAAUCUUAUAUAACAACCUCAUUGUAUGUAAGAAUUUAACUUGUAUUAGAGACUUUUAUUAGAUUUUUGUGACGCAGGUUUCUGUGCAAGAAUCUAACUUGCUCGUCCUUCUUACACAUCAACUUAAUUGAGUGUAAGAAUUUAAACUUUGUAUUCUACUUCUUAUAUAAUAACUUCAUUAUAUAUAAGAAUUUAACUUGUAUUAGAGACUUUUGUUAGGUUUUUGUGACGCAGGUUUCUGUGCAAGAAUCUAAACUUGCUCGUCCAUCUUGCAACCUUUUAUCUUUUCCAGUUUCGAGGAUAUAAGCUAUUUAAAUGCUUCAGUUUCGGCUGGAACCUUCAUAUUUUUUGUGUAAAUUUUCAAGCAGAAGCAGAUUUUGUAGAUUUUUUGACUUGACAAAAUACUUAGGACCAAGAAAACGCUUCAAAGUGUAUCAAGAGGUUGAUGGUCAAGUACAUUCUUCGUAGAUCGAAGGUAAAGUCCUUUAGUCUCCACAAUACUUAAGAUUGUAAUUGACAUAAAUAUAUUGUGAAGGCUAAAGGACUUUUCUUUCGAUCUACCAUAAUUUAGUUAAGUUAAGCACAACUAUUGCUUUAUAUAACGUUGCUUUAACUAAUUUUAGUGUUUACUUUUCACUAUUACUUGUUUUUAUGUUGUUAUAUUUUUAUAUUUUAUUGUCUAAAUUUUUAAGUAGAAGCAGUUUUUGUAAUUUGGUCCUUAUCCAUUUUCAGUUUGUCAAUAAACGGUAAUACCUAUUUACUCCAAAAGUCAA